AUGUGGCUUUUCCUUUUAAAAUUCUGUCUUCUGUGCCUUUUUCCUAAGUUUACUACGCUUCCAAAUGAAAUUCGAAGGAUAUCACUGGUGGCCCAAAAUGAUUAUGUUGACAAAUUCCUUACACAAACUGAGCGGUCAAAACACUGGAAAAGACCGGUAAUGAUUAAAGGAAAUGCUCAAGUGACAAUUCAACGGAUGGAACCUUUAAAUUUCGAAUCAGACGAAAGUGAAGAUGUGGUGUUGGCUAUUCUAGUUGACAAGCAUACAACAGAAAAAAAAAGUGUAAAAUGGGAACGAGUUGGUAAUUUAAAUAUGUGGAAAUGGUUGACCAUAGAGCAGGUUUAUAUGCUCAACAAGCUAUAUAAAACAACAGGUGAUGUAGGAUUGGUGUUAGAAAAAACAUAUGCUCAACUACUUAUGACCGAUGGUGGAUUGAGAGAAUUGGCAGUACGAAGCUUUCGAGAAACAUGCAAAGAGCUAUUGCGAGUAAUAUUGGGCGAUGAAAAUUAUGAUUUAGUUAUGGAUAUGUACGACUUUGGUCGAACAGGAGAAGAAAUUAGAGAGAAACUGAAUCAGUUUUAUGUGCAAUUGAGUGAAAGGAAUAAAAAGUAUGCUAAUAUGAUUGCUCCAACUUGCAUGCUAGUUUAUAAUAUUUAUGGGUUAUCAUCAGUUCGAUCUCCAAGGAAAAUCAAUGAAGAUAAUUUAUUCGUCAAACAAAUGCAUUGGUUUACGAGAGAACAAGAAAUCGAAAUUGAAGCGAUGCAAGCAGAAGGAGCAAGAAAUGAAAACCUUUUAGCAAAAAUUUUAGAGUAUUACGAAAACCUCGAUUCGUUAAGCCAAGAAAAAGUAUCCGAAGAAUUAAAGCAGUUUUGUCAAAAUCGAGUGGAACAACUUCUUGGAACUGACGGACUCGAAAUACUUAAAUCUACGUACAAAGAGUCAACAUCUGCGAAACUAUUAUUAACUAAAUUUACUCAGUUAAUUGAAAAUUUAACAAAUGAAAACGAGCGUAUCGAAGCGAGCCAAGUAGGCGUUCUUUGUCAGAAAAUAUAUGAUGCUGAAAGUUUCGACUUUGGAGAAUUAAUGUCGUGGUUAUCUCCUGAUCAGAAGCUCGAACUAGGUCAUUUAAUUCAAGAUCAUGAAAUAAGUGAUGAUGCUGUUUAUGAACGCAUUUUUGAAUUUUAUGAAAAAGCUGAACACAAGAAGAAAAUGGAUGCACGAAAGAUCAUCGAAUCUAAAUGUAAACGAUUUGUUCGUCGGAUGUUUGGCAAUGAAAUUGCUACUAAGUUGGAAGAUCACCGAUUAGACAAAAAUUUCACAGCACAAAUGCUCAGUGCUGAGCUGGCAACAUAUGCUGCUGAAAUAAAGGAUAAGAAAAACAGAAUAAAAGCCGAAAAAUCCAUUCCAAUUUGCAAUCGGAUCUAUUUUGGCUACAAGGGUGAUUGUUUUUGCAAUGGUCAUUCGUCCGUUUGUGGUCCAUUCACUCACGAGUGUCUGAACUGUGCUGAUAAUACAUACGGAAUACAAUGUGAAAAAUGUUUAGAUGGAUUUGAAGGGAACGCUUUAAUAGGUGAAAUAGGGUGCCUGUCAGUUGAAAAAAACAAUGAGUUCACAGAAUGUUUCUGCAACAAUCAUUCUACUGAAUGUAAUGGGAACGGCGAAUGUUUUUCCUGCUUGCAUAACACAACUGGAAACCAAUGUGAGAACUGUGCGGAAGGUUUUUACGGUGAUGCGACACAGGGCACUGCUGAGGAUUGUAUUCCAUGUCCAUGCCCGGAUGGUGGAGAUUGUUUUAUAAACGGUGAUGCACUGGUGGAAUGCCGAACUUGCCCCAACGGAACCUAUGGCAGCACAUGCGAAUUACAGUUACAACCGAAAAAAAAACAAGAAUUCCUGAAAUUAUCGUCAUAG